UCAACAUUUUAUUUACCAUAGGCUUAUUUUUAGAAACUUCGAGAUUGACAAUAGCUUGACUUUAUACACUAACACUCUUUACCCAACUAUGUAUGAAGUACCUCAUCCCUACUGAGCUUGAUUUUGCUUGUGAAGAUACAUUUGGUGACAGAUAUAGAAUUUUGGGUUCGUGUGAUGGGUUGUUCUGUAUUUGCCGUGAUUUUGAGGAUCUGUUUCUAUGGAAUCCAUCUACAAGAAAGUUAAAAGAAUUGCCAUCUUCAGGAAUUAAUGUGUUGCGCGAUAGUGAGGGUAUUGAUAUUUCUUAUGGAUUUGGUUAUACUGAGUGUCAAAGUGAUUACAGAGUAGUAGAAAUUGUGCGAAAUGAAAACAGUAAUCGUUACAAUGUUAGUGUUUAUAGUUUAAGAACUAAUUCUUGGAAAAGGAUUCAAGAGUACCUGAGUAUUAUCUUCUGGGAUCAUUCUGGUAAAUUUGUAAAUGGAAAACUUCACUGGAGCGCCGAAGAUCGUGUUAGUGAUGGGAAUUCCACAUGGUUUAUUUCUUUAUUCAACACUGCAGAUGAGACAUUUGGAAAUGUAGCGUUGCCCAACCCAAAUGGUAGUUUUUUUGACUGCGAAAUAGGGUCUUCAGGUAAUCUAUGUUUAUUUUGUUACGAAGAAUUGAAGACGGAUGUGUGGGUAAUGAAGGAGUACGAUGUUGCAGAGUCAUAGACCAAGGUGGUUUCGAUCCCCACAAAAAAUUAUGACGCUUGGUCAAUUUUCAUCUCCCAAAAUAAUGAAAUUUUAGUGCAUGAAUCUAGAAGCAUAGUGUGGUAUAAUUCAAGAGAUAACACUUUCAUGCGUCCUGAGGUUCGGAUACGUUGUGAUUCUGCAAACAACCUUGGUUUGUACAGUGAAAGUCUUGUUUCUCCAAAUUUUCUAGAGGAACCUACGGAUCAAUGAGUGAAAGGGUGGAAAUUCGUGCUAUAGUUUUCUAGGUCUAGUGCAUAAUGAAGUACUAACAAAAAUUUCUCUGUGAAUGAUUCUUGAGAUUUAGCAAAGAGUGGAACAAAAUUGUGGCAUGACGUAGUUAGUGUAAAAUUUGGUUGGAGGCAGAUAGCCAGACUUCACUUUAUAUACUGGCUGUAUAGUAGCAUCUUUUUCUUGAUUUUUCAAUCUCAGUUUGUCAAUGGUACUUUCUUUGGUCGAAGAUC